UCUACGCAGAUAACUUCAAAUGUUUUUCAAUGUUAUCGUUUUAUUUUAAAUUUAUAUCGCACUAAUAAAACUUAUACUAGACUUUACAACUUUACGAAACGUUGAAUUUUUGUGAACUGAAUAAUUGAAAGCUUAUAGGAUUUUUUAUUAUCUAUUUUUUUUUCAAUUUGAUGCCGACAUCCGACUUUCAUUCUUAAUUUUCUUCGUAUUUAUCAACAUAAGUACAAGUAGGUAUUAAUUUUAGGCCAGAAUAUAAGUACAUUUUUGUUUUCUUUUACGUAGGUACCUACCUAUGUGUAAGCUGAUAUUGAAUUAUAAAACAUGUGUACUUACUGAAUUGACGUUUAUUUGUUUUUCUAACCAUAUCAUCAAUCAUCAUACAUCUUAAUGAUCAUCUUAAAUUAAAUAUUUAUGAGCAGUGUGCAAAGCAAAAUAAAUAGAAACACCUCACAUAUAAAAUAAGGUUAGUAAAGUUUUUCAAUAAUUUAGUGUUCCUCUUCUGAAGACUCUAUACCUAUGAAUGGACACAUCGCAAAAAUAUGAAUUGUGUUAAAGUGGAUAUUAAAAAUAAUCGAACGAUUUUCGCGAAUGAAGAAAUUCCCAAAGUAGAAUCAGAUGAAGACGUCAUCGUCAAAGUAGCUUAUGCUGGAUUUUGUGGAACUGAUAUUCACAUUAUAAAAGGAGAAUUUACAAACGCUAGAGAUGGAGUUAUAUUGGGACACGAAGUUGCUGGAACCAUUGUGAAUGUAUCGGGAAAAUAUUCUCAUCUGGCGAUCGGUGAUCGAGUAGCUGUAAAUCCUAAUCUGAGUUGUGGAAUAUGUGUUCCAUGUAAAAGGCUGAAGAAUAAUUUUUGCAAAGGAGGAGGUUCAGAAAACGCUAUAGGUAUUGUUCAAAAUGGAGGUUGGGCCGAAUAUGUAAAAGCUCAUGUUUCUCAAGUAACUAAAAUUCCUGAUCAUUUGUCACUGGAACAAGCUGCUUUAUGUGAACCAUUAUCGUGCAUUAUUCAUGGACUGGAUAAAUUACACGAUUUGGAUAUGGGUUCGAAUAUAUUGAUAAUUGGAGCUGGGAUCAUUGGAAUUUUAUGGAGUUGUUUACUGCAUGCACUAGGCCAUAGGAAUGUAAUCAUUUCUUCGUCAAAUGUCAAGCGACGCAACGUUCUAUCAGAAAUAGGAUUAGGAUACAAAUGCAUGUCCUGGCAAGAAAUCUUGCAAUAUAAAAGAGAAAAUCCCGAGUACAUGGCUGAUAUUUGUAUCGACUGCAGUGGAAACUCAGAAGCCAUGCAAGCAGCUCUUCCCCUGAUUGAAAAUGGAGGCACUUUAUUAAUAUUCGGGGUGGCAGAACCAGAAAAAACAAUAAUAAUCAACCCUUUCAAAGUGUAUUCAAAAGAAAUAACCGUUUCGGGAGCUGUCAUAAAUACACCAAAUUCUUUUGAAAGAGCAGUAUCGUACAUCGAAUCAAUGUCGAAAACGUAUCUGAAAAUUGAAAAACUUGGAAUUGGAACUUUCUCUUUAAAUGAACAUGAAAGCGCUGUAAAUGCGUUUCAGAAAGGCUCAUUUACUAAAAUAAUGUUUAAAGUUUGAAAAUUGAAAGCAAAAUAAUGUAAAUGCUGUUGAAGAGAACUGAUUAAAUUUUCAUUGUCUGAAACAUCGCGAGUUUCCUCUUCUUUUGUGGUUUUGUAUAUUGUAUUGCUUAUCUAAAAAUAUUAUUUACCCAAAAUACGUAUACAGGUCGAAUGUGUUUCAUUUUAUUCUUCCUGGUACUUACUUAAUCUGAGGGAAAAAAAUUACAAAUCGUAUCGUUGAAAACAAUCCAUUGCGUGAUUGUGCACAUUUUUUUUUUUUUUGUCGAGUUAACUAUCAAAUAUACAAUAGGUGAAAUCGUAAUAUUGGAAACAUUUCAGUCUGAAAGGUUCGAGCAAAGAUGAAGAUGAACAUGUUGCCUAUCUCUGAAAUCGCAGGAGCAAUAGUUACAAGCAAAACAUGCAAUAUUUCUCACAUUUUUGACAUAGAUACUUGAUAUGCAAAAAGUCACUUUCUGUGCCACACGAUAUUAUUUUAUUUUUAUACUUACCUAUCUAUUACUAUUUCGUUUUCUAUUUCUUUUUUGUUGCAAUAAAUUUUCCAUCUGCCUAUUUCGAAACGAAAAACCUUGAAUAGUAUCUGAAAUUUUUCGCUUGAAUGGGCAUGAAAAUUCGUUAAUUAUAUUUCAAAGCGGUUCGUUUAUAAGUUUACCAAGGUAAAUUUGGUGCUAAAUACGAAAAAUCAUUUUGUUUGAUAAAAAAUAUGCAUUUCAAACAGGUAGAUUAGAUAUUCCGAGUAUUUACGUAUUUCGAUCACCUACAUAUGUUUCACUGAUACUUUUCAGUGUCAUUGCUGUGUUUUAAAUUUUCAUUCAUCAAGGUCAGAGCAAUAGCAAUGGUUAAAUUUUACGUCAAGUUGAAAAAUUGAGAAUAGAGGAUUAAUAUUUAUUUACGUACCUAUCAUUUCGUAUUUAAUAUACUUUACCAAUGUCCGAUA